AUGAUCACCAUCAUUCUUCUCGUCGCACGCGUCCCACCCCUCGACCCGACCGUCAGCCCAUCUGAUGAGAAGUCUACCUCAAAUGUCGAGAUCGACAUUGAGAAAGUGACCAGCAGCGUAGAGGUUACAUCAUCGAACUCGAACAACCGCACAGCAUUGGUCAUCCCAUGCCACAACAGCGACCACGAAGCUACAAGCAAAGUCCUCAAGAGCGCUUUUGUCCACUUUCGGCCACAAGACAUAUUUGUUGUUGACAAUGGUCGUUCGAGACAUCCUCCGUCGCCCGAGUUCCGCAAGUUCAUUCAUAGCGAACACCCCGACAUAAACUAUAUCUGGUCGCCCAUUGGCAGCAAGAACGCGGCACAACUUGUCGGAGCAAUGGCUGCUAAAGACCACGACUGGAUCAUGACAGUUGACGAUGAUGUAUCCAUACCAGCCAACUUCCGUGCUCCAAUUGACAAGAUGGACGACGUCACCAAAGGCUGCGCAUUCCCCCUUAAGGCAGUCGAUGCAAAUGGAGAUGUACCAAUGUGUCUCGUUGCAUGGCAGGACUGCGAAUACAAGAUGUCUGGUCUCACCAAGCUCGCUGAGUCCUCUAUAUGCGGUGUGCUAUACCCGCAUGGUGCAGGAUGGUUCUGUGAAAGAGAGACCUUGAUCGACCUCAUCAGCAACUACCACUCUAUAGACUUCAUCGCCGAAGACGUCAACACCGGUCUCUCUAUGCAGCGUAUGAAGAAGCGCAUCGCAUUCGAUGCGACGUGCGUGCUUGAGACUGAAGUACCUACGACAGUUCUCGGCCCUGGUCUCAACUGGUGGAACCAACGUUAUCGCUCAUGGGAAAUGGGUCGACAUGGCCGUCUCAUCGCCUUUGCCGACCGCAUGCUCCUUUCACUCAACGGCCAAACAACACCCUGGGGCAUCUUCACUCAAAAGUUCAUCCACCUCUACUCCAUCGCCACCAUUGUCGUCGACUGGGUCCGCGUACCCGUGUUCGUCACAAUGGGAUCCAACACGAACUUCUGGCGCCUGGGCCUCCCCCUCAUGCUCGCUGCCACUCUUCCCAUUCUCGCAUUUAAGUACUUCAACGCGCGCCAUCGACCUGAUCUCCAACCACGAUUUUGGGCCGCUAUGACAUAUCCCCUCUACAAACAGUUGUAUUCCCUCGUCUCCGUCUUUGGAGCUAUACGCGCUGCCAUAUUCUACGCGGGAGGCCAUAAGAAACCGAAGACUAUUAAGAAGAUGAUUGCUGAUAAGGAUCCAAAUGCUUUGUGGCUUGACCCGCGAUUCGAGAGUAACCCAGCUUUUCUGGCUGAUGAGGCUGAGGCGUUGCUUGCUUCGUCAGCUUCCGGUGGCGAUACGAAGGUUCCCACUUCUGUUUAUAUCUCUCCUGCCUCUCCAUCAUUGUAA